AGAGGGCAGUUGUGAAAAAUUCAGUUGCUUUGGUCAAUCUUCUGUUGGAAAAGAACAUCGCUGUGUGGAGAGCUGGAACAUUUCUUGUGGAAGGAAGGCAAAUGAGUCUUCUUGAAUGGAGUAUUCACCUUGGUCAUGAUGAGAUUACAAUUAUCCUCAAAAGGUCCGUAAAUCAUCGUGAGAAGAUUCAGAUGUUGAAAACAAGGAAUUGCAACCAGUUAGCAGAGGUUGAAACACUGAUGCAGGCUUUUGUGGCAAAGAAUCAAUUCAAAAUUGGCGAUGGUGGUUUUUCUUGUGUCUAUGUUGGUCUCAUGAAGGGUGGAAGUGAAGUUGCUGUUAAGCGAAUUUUGGUACAAAGUGAGGAUAAAACAGUCGAAAACGAAAAGGAAAUCAUGAGUCUCAUUGAAACAAACUCUCCAUUCAUAGUGAACUAUCGACAUUUUCACCGUGACGAUAACUUCAUGUAUCUUAUUGUUGAUCUUUGCGAAGAAAACUUGAGGGAACUUGUUCAUGCAUGCAGUAUUGAACAUCUACAAGAGCAAGGUCCACGAAUGAUUUGGGAGAUUCUAUCAGGACUUGAAUUUCUCCAUGGUAAAGGACUAUUGCACAGAGAUCUAAAACCAUCAAACGUUCUCGUUGAUAUCGAAGGUCGCAUGAAAUUGGCAGACUUUGGAAUAAGCCGCGUUCUAGAUGACGAUGAAACGACAGUUGAAACAUUUGCUAAAGGUACUCCUGGAUGGAUGCCACCUGAAGUAAUCGAAGCAAUAGACAAAGAGGAAAAAGGUCCUUUCAAAAGAAAAUCAGAUGUCCAGGUCGCGGGUAUGAUUGCUUUCUUCAUCUUAACUAAAGGUGAACAUCCUUUUGGAUCAAAGAUAAAUUGGAUGCAAAAUAUUUUGGAGGGAAACCCUGUCAAUUUGGAGAAACUUCGUGACCACGAAGCUCGUAGGUUUGUGUCGUAUCUGAUUAAUCACAAGAUUGAUGAUAGACCUUACGCUCACGAAGCAUUGAGAGAUUCUUUCUUCAUAGGACGCUAAUCCAAUGGGAUUGUUACAGAUCGUUGGUAAACGUCGGAUCGUACGCCAAGAUAAAUUAUCUGCGAAGUUUGUAUGAAUUGAUGGAUCCUUUCAAGCCCAAGUUUGUCCACGCGGAUUAUCAAUCUCUACGGUGAAUCAAGUUAUUUUUACAACUUUUACAACUCGGUUCCUGGCGUAGACCUAUAGUUAGUUCUUAUAAACUGGAUAGCAAUGAGAUACACGUAUAAAGUCUCUUAGACACAAUUACUAGA